AUGUCGAUGGCGCGAGCAAAUGAUGUUGUUUGUGGAAACCAGCUAGUCUCUGCUGAUCCUUUGCCAUUUGCAAGAAGCUAUCAAUUGGAAGCCUUGGAGGCUGCAUUGAAGCAAAACACAAUUGUUUACUUGGAGACUGGUUCUGGAAAGACCUUGAUUGCUAUUAUGCUUCUUAGAAGCUAUGCUUAUCUUCUUCGAAAACCGUCUCCUUACAUAGCUGUUUUCUUGGUUCCGACUGUUGUUUUAGUGACUCAGCAAGGAGAUGCUCUGAUGAUGCAAACUGACUUGAAAGUCGGAACAUAUUGGGGAGAAAUGGGGGUUGAUUUCUGGGAUGCUGCUACAUGGAAACGUCAAGUAGAUGGCCAUGAGGUACUUGUUAUGACUCCGGCUAUACUACUUUCUGCGUUGAGGCACAACUUUUUGCAGAUAGAUAUGAUAAAAGUUAUAAUAUUCGAUGAGUGCCACAAUGCACGAGGCAAACACCCCUAUGCAAGUAUAAUGAUGGAAUUUUAUCAUCGACAAUUAACCCGUCAGAGUGCACAACUUCCAAGAAUAUUCGGGAUGACUGCUUCGCCUAUUAAGUCCAAAGGUCCUAGCACUCCAGAUAGUUAUUGGCGAAAGAUUCAUGACCUCGAGAAUCUUAUGCAUUCUAAGGUAUACACAUGUGACAGUGAAGCUGUUUUGGCAGAGUAUAUCCCGUUCUCAAAUCCGAAGCUGAAGAUAUAUAAACAUGUAGAUAUUCCUUCCACAUUGUCUAAAAGUUUAGCUCAUGACAUGGAAAGGUUGAAAGAAAAGCAUGAAUGUUCGAUCACAAAAUCAACUCUGUCUGAUAAGAGUGCUGCAUCUGCAAAAAGACGUCUAUCAAAACUUUAUUCCGCUUUCUUAUUUUGUUUGAGUGAGAUGGGUGUUUGGCUGGCUUUCAAGGCAGCAGAGUUCUUGUCUCAAGAAGAAACUGACUUCUUCUCGUGGGGAGAGUUAGAUGUAUGUGCUCAAACAAUUGUUCGAGAUUUCAGUUCAGAUGCAUCUAAGGUUUUCUCGGCUUGCUUACCUUCUGGGCCACAUUGGUCAAUUGGUGGUGAUAUUCAAGCAAAUACGGAUGCUGGAUAUUUGUCAUCGAAAGUUCAUUGUCUUGUAGAGUCUCUUCUCGAGUACAGGAAUCUGAAGGAUUUGAGAUGUAUCAUAUUUGUUGAGAGAAUUAUUACAGCCAUUGUUCUUCGAUCUUUAUUGAAUGAGUUGCUUCCGAAACUAAGUGGUUGGAGAACUGAGUACACAGCGGGACAUGCUUCCGUGGUUCAGUCACAGAGUAGGAAAAUACAGAAUAAAAUUGUUGAAGAGUUUCGAAAGGGUGUGGUGAACAUUAUUGUCGCGACAUCUAUUCUUGAAGAAGGGUUGGAUGUUCAAAGUUGCAACCUUGUCAUUCGAUUUGAUCCCUCAGCUACUGUUUGUAGCUAUAUACAAUCUCGUGGAAGAGCUCGAAUGCAGAACUCCGACUUUCUUCUGAUGGUCAAAAGUGGAGAUGAAUCAACCCUUGCUCGAAUGCAAAACUUUAUGGCUAGUGGGGAGAUGAUGCGGCAAGAAUCAUUACGUCAUGCUUCUGAACCAUGUUCACCUCUAGUUGAUGAAAUGUAUGAUGAGCCUUGCUACAAAGUCGAAAGCACAGGAGCAAUUGUUACCCUCAGUUCUAGCGUAUCGUUGUUAUACUUCUAUUGCUCGAGGCUACCAUCAGACGGGUACUUUAAAUCGAAUCCUAGAUGUGUGAUUGAUAAGGAAUCACGAACGUGCACACUACAACUUCCCAAAAGUUGCCCAUUGCAAAGAAUUAUUACUGUUCAGGGGAAUAGUACUAAAAUAUUGAGGCAACUUGCAUGCUUGGAAGCUUGUAAAGAGCUUCAUCGUGUGGGUGCGUUGACUGACAAUCUUGUUCCAGAUAUCGUCGAGGAAGAAGCUAUCAACAAAGAAUUGGAAUGUCAAAUCCAUACUGUUGAAGAAUCAAAAUACUUCCCACCAGAAUUUGUUAGUCAUUUCGGAAAUGAGACAGAAGCAGUGUACUACUGCUACCUAGUUGAGUUGCAACAUGAAACUUACGACGAUUUCCAGCUUCAUGGGAUUAUACUUGCUGUUAGGACAAAGCUCAAGUGUGAUGAUGAAAUAUUGGCAUUUGACUUGGACGUUGACAGGAGGCGACGCGUGCAAGUUCAACUUAAGUAUAGUAAAGUUGUUACACUUACUUCUGAAGAGAUUCGAAGGUGUCAGAGGUUUCAAGUUAGUGUAUUCAAAAUUCUUCUUGACCGUGAUCUGAGUAAACUGCAGGAUGCUUUGGCUGCAGGUCAAUCUCCUAUUAGUUCUGCAGUUUCCGAUUAUCUCUUGCUCCCAUCUGUGGGUAAAUCCUCUGAAAUAAACUGGAAAUGUGUGAAUUCUUUGCUGUUUCCGUCACAAGUUCUUGGGGAUAAGCAUAUGGAUUGGUGUUCUACACAAGAUCGUAAACGCAGUGUGAACACCAAAACUGGGGUGGUAUGUAGCUGCCUGUUGGAGAAUUCAUUGGUCUUUACACCUCAUAAUGGCAAUAUAUACUGCAUUACCGGUUUUUUAGAUAAUUUGGAUUGCAACUCAUUGUUGAAUGUGAGAACUGGAGAAUCCAUUACUUACCGAGAAUACUACAAAAAGCGGCAAGGAAUCGAACUAUGCUUUGAAGAACCACUUCUUAGGGGAAAACGUAUUUCGAAAGUGCACAAUUACCUUCAGAGAAACAGAACUCAGAAGGCUAAAGAUUCAACUGAUUCAUCUGUUCAGUUGCCUCCUGAACUUUGUUUUGUUAUCAUGUCACCUAUCUCUAUUUCUACCCUUUAUACGUAUUCAUAUGUUCCUUCAAUCAUGCAUCGGAUUGAGUCCUUGGUUAUGGCCUCACACUUAAAUAGUAUGCUUUUGAUUGACUGCAAACUAAACGUCUUCAUCCCAACCGCUAUGGUUUUGGAAGCAGUGACAACAAGGAAAUGUCUCGAGAAGUUUCAUUUGGAAUCACUUGAAACGCUUGGAGACGCUUUCCUCAAAUAUGCUGUCAGUACACAGCUGUUCAAGACUCACGAGAAUCAUCACGAGGGUCUUCUCUGUGUUAAAAAAAGUAAAAUCAUUUCCAAUGCUGCACUGUGCAAGCUUGGAUGUGCUCGCAAAAUACCGGGAUUUAUCCGUAACGAAGCAUUCAAUCUUCAAGCAUGGAUCAUUCCAGGUGAUAGUUCACAAGUUCACAGCUUCAACGAAGAGUUCAUGACGUCUUCAGAUAAGAUGUAUAGUAGGAUAAAGCAGAAGAUUAGAAGUAAGAGGGUAGCUGAUGUGGUUGAGGCACUAAUAGGUGCCUACCUCAGCUCAGGCGGGGAAGUAGCCGCUUUAUCAUUGAUGAAAUGGCUAGGGAUGGACAUCGAUUUUGCUGAUGCACCGAUUCAAAGGCACUUCCCAUUGAAUGCUGAGAAGCUCGUUAAUGUCAAGUACUUGGAAUCCCUGCUACAUUACAAGUUCCAUGAUCCAUCUCUGCUUGUUGAAGCACUUACUCACGGAUCUUACAUGCUACCUGAGAUUCCACGAUGCUAUCAGAGGUUAGAAUUUCUCGGAGAUGCAGUGCUGGAUUAUGUCGUUACAGCACAUCUGUACUUCAAAUAUCCAGGACUGUCUCCAGGACUAAUAACAGAUUUGAGGUCUGCCUCGGUAAACAACGAAUGCUAUGCUCAAUCUGCAAUAAAGGCUAGCCUGCACAAGCACAUCCUUCAUGCAUCACCGGAUCUGCAGAGGCAGAUAUGUAAUACUAUUGAGGAUUUCAAGAACUUGAACCUUGUGUCCACGUUCGGAUGGGAGGCUGAAACAACUUUCCCUAAGGUACUUGCAGAUGUUAUCGAGUCCCUUGCUGGUGCGAUCUUUGUUGAUUCUGGCUUCAAUCAAGACACUACAUUUCAGUGCAUACGACCACUUUUAGAACCGUUAGUUACACCUCAGACACUAAAACCUCAUCCUGUAAGAGAGUUAAGUGAACUCUGUGACCAGAAAGGUUAUGUAAAGAAGAAGGAUGUCGUCUCUCGUGAGAAUGGUGUAGCCUAUAUUACAGUGGAGAUUGAUGCAGAUGGCGUUACUCACAAGAGCACGUGCUCGGGACGAGACAAAAUCAUGGCCAAGAAAGUUGCUUGCAAAAAUGUGCUCAAGUCUCUCAAAGAAUGUUCAUACAAUGCAUAGCAU